UGGGCAUACGAAGAAAAAUUCUCAAGGUAAAGUCACAUGAACUCGUUUUUGAUUGGUUAUUUGGAUUUAUCGAUCAGCCAAUCAGAGAAUUAGAGUAGACCAAAACACACCGUAGGCAUACUUCGUGUGAUUUGGAUAGGCAUUGGGGAAAAAAUAAUCAAUAAUUAGAAGGCUAGUCAAAAUUAUAAUACCAAUAAUGUCUACAGUCAAAUCAUAUUUGGGAAAUUCUUUAUUACCAUAAAACAUAAUGGAAGUAGUCUUAUGCCUUGAUAAUUCCAAGUUGAAGAAUAAACGGUGAUUACUUUCCUUUGUCAUGAUUAUGCUCAAUAUUCUUGUGAUUUCAUUGAAAAUUCUUACAAUUUCUGGGAAUUACGCCAGUGAAAAGCAAAUAUAUGUUGAUAUCAAGCAAAACCUUGAUAGGUGGGUUACUGAAUUAGAACAGUCCUUCAGUGAAUUGCACAGUGUAUCAGGUGAACCAUACCUUAAGUCAAUUUACAAAACUCCUAAUUUUGGAGCACAAGAAAUUAAUGAAACUAUUGCAACAGCAUUUCUAGAAACAGCUGUUAAUAAAAUUGAGAAUAUUGUCAAUGAAAAGUCGAAAACAGUCGAUAAUAUCAAGGCUGCGGCUGAAGAAGCUUAUGUGAAUAGAGCGGAGGAUGAACCGACUGGCUGUUAUUAUCGAGCUAAAGCUCUGACAAUUAUUCCACCAAUGAAUGAAACUGACAAUUGUAGCAUCAAAUUUUAUAUUCCAUUAACUCAGAGUCCUUAUCAUGAUAAUCAAUAUGUGUGCUAUAAUUUCUCAGUAGCACAUGUUCCAACCAAUGUGUAUGAUUUGUCAACUUUAUUAUUUUCAAACUCAUAUCAAUCACACAACGACAUCACAUGGAGAGUCAUCGAAAACAUGCAAACACUGGAGAUUAGUCGUUUCAAUGCAUUAUGGAAUACACUUCAGAAGACUGUACUCACAACAUUUCAAUUUGGUGGUGAUGACGUCACCGUUGAGGCAUUUGAUGGAACAGUGCAGUUGUCAGAAGCUUAAUGUUAUUGGUUUCCACUGAUCCAUCGGUUAAUAACUUGGAAACAAAACAGUUGAUGUCUGUAAUACACGGGAACAUGCCCUCUGCCAAAUCCACAAUGGAACGAGUAAAUGGAGAUUAACUUCAUUUCGUGGAUUGGCGUGUGAUAAGAAGAAACGUUGAAAGCAU